AUGUUCUUCUUACCUUUUUUGCUCGGCUCGGCUGCCGCCCAGGAUGCCAUCACCAGCGACCAAUGGCUCAUCACGCUAAACACGUCGAUCUUCUGGCCUACGUCAACGGAUUACUUUUACGGGCCUACUACUGGACCUGACGCAUCCGCCGUGUCAUGCAAUGCCGCUUGGAUUGAAUACGCACGGCGCUCUACUGAGCUGCACUCUCUAGGGCCCACGACCACAAGCCCAUAUUAUGGAUCUUACACCACCAGCGAAGGCGCCUGUCGCACUUCCGUCACCGCGGAAGACUGGUCAGACACCCAUACAGGCCCCCUAACCACCCUGUGCGAUGGCGCCCCUCGUGCGCUGGGACCCAGAGAAACAGUCACCGCGUACUACCCCGGCACCGGGCCAUGCUCUACAUGGGUGAAAACCAACACUUACACAAGCACCCUCUACCGCGAUCCCGGCGCCACUCCUGAUUGCACUCUGGAAGUAAGUGAGUGUAUUCCGAUCUGGUCAACGUACUCCGAGCUAUCAAGUUCGUACCAAGAUUCCAUCAUCACUUCUGUGCCAGGCGACACAAACAGCCCCAUCCGACCAUGGGACUGCCCAACGCCCACCAGAUCGUAUCCGGAAGAGAACCCAUGCUCAGCCUGCCACUUCCUGCCUGGAACGGCAACCCUCUUCUACUGGCCAGUCACCACAGACGCCGGGGAUCUCUGUCUGCAGAACGGAACUACCCUCUCCCCCUCCGGACCCAGCACCGCCAUUGUAAACGGAGAAACAUUCGUCUCCCCAACAGUCUACCUCUCAUUCACAACAAUCUACGCCUGGAGCAACCGCCGCGCCCACCCCGGAAGCCAAUGCGGCGAGGACCACUACAACACCGUCGUAGCCGUGAACCCAGAAACACUGACUUCAAUGCGCCACCACCGAAACGCAAAGUAUCCAUACAUCGGCACCGCCUACCCCUUCAACUUCGCCGAAUUCCAGCCCCACGAGAUCGGAAAUUACACCCAGUCGCUCGUUCCAUGGCCGCAGUACCGCGGAGGCCAGCAGUGCCCGAUCCCGGACGAUAGCACCUGCACCAUGAUUCGCGAUGACUAUGUGCCUUGGGUUAAGAUUCCGGAGGAGGUGAGGAGCAUCGAUCCCGGCUGGAGCGUCUGCGAUGACGACUGGUAUAUCCCGCCUGUUACGAUGGUUGCGCUUGAUCGGGAGGAGAUUACCAUCACGCCGACACCGGAGGUUGCUGAGCAGAGGUUGGCGUGGGAUGCUGCGGCGCCUGGGGAGGGGCUUGCGGCGACGACACCAGAGCCUACGAGGGGUUGGUAG